UAUUUAGAUUGGCAUCAAACUAAUCUAGUUUCUAGAUCUAAAAUUACCAAUUUGCCAGAAUUUCAGAAAGCCAAGCCUGUCUGAAGGGUUUGGUGCUUAGAAUGGAUGAACGAUUCAGUUCUCGUUUCCUUUCCCAUUGUGAUGCCACCUUAGUUGAUGUACCGAGAUAUCUUGGGCAUCCAUGCUAUCUGGGUGUGGGCAUUAGUUUUUAGGUCCGCAUUUCUGCAUUCAAGUAAAGCGAGAAAGGGAAGGCGACUGGCAUUGUUCUGUUUCCUUGCUUCUUGGGAAGUGGGAUCUUGUCGAGGUGCUUGGAUUAGCUCUGGUGCAGGCAGAUGCCAGUUGAAAAAAACAAGGUUUUUGGUACUCCAGAUGUCAUGAAAGCAGAGGAUGGAAAUGACUCCUUAGAUACCAUCAUCAGAAAGGCAAUUGGCAGAGAACCUUUUCUUUCUUUUCCAAGGGCUAGUGACAGUCCAGUCCAGUGGAUGCAAUUACUUCAUGCGUUAGAUCAGCAAGAAUUGCCAGGCUGGCCUCUGCUCUCUCCUCUGAAGGUUCAGUUGCUGAAGUGUGAAAAGUGUUCCCGAGAAUUCUGUUCUUCAAUUAAUUACAGAAGGCAUAUACGUGUUCACCAUCGGUUGAAAAAUAUUGAUAAGGAUUCUACAAAAAAUAGAGAUCUGUUAGGGGCAUAUUGGGAUAAGUUAUCUGUAGAAGAGGCAAAACAAGUUGUAUCAUUCAAGAAUGUGACGCUGGAGGAAGUUCCGGGGUCUUCUAUUUUGAAAGCACUGACGACUCAUGUUCGGAAACAAGGAAUUCCUUCACUUCCACAGAAUUAUCUGAAGGCUGGUUCUGCCCUUUUGGAUAUUGUUCAAGCUAGAUCUUCCGUACUUUCUAUAUCUUCUAAGGAGUUGUUCGGCAUCCUUGAUAGUGCCAGUGAAAAAACAUUUUUAUGCGGGCCAGCAGUGUCAAUGCAAAGAUAUAUUUUUGAUGGAGAACCGGGAAAGAUUGGCCUUGAACUGAAAAACCUAGUUGCUUGUACUAGUUUCUUGCUAGAACAGAAAUUGGUAAAGGCAUGGCUUGCUGACAAGGAAGCUGAAGCAUUAAGAUGCCAGAAACUGCUGGUGGAGGAGGAAGAAGCUGCUCAGAAAAGACAAGCUGAGAUUUUGGAGAGAAAACGCCAGAAAAAACUUAGGCAAAAAGAACAAAAGGCUAGGGAAAAGCUUGAGGAUGAGGCUGAAAUGAAAAAGAGUGGCAGCAGCACAGCAGCUGACAGUUCAUUAGCAGAAGCAUUUUCAGAUACAUCUGACUCUGAAGAACAUAGUCCAGAUGCAUUUGCCGGCCAUGGUCCUUCACUACUUGUUCCCUCCCAUUGCACAAACAUUAAUGAAGGUGUGGAUGGGGGUUCUUUGUUAGUGUAUGAUUGUGGCACUGAUCAGAACAUUGAGCAAGAGACAUCCCUAGGACAUGUUUGUCAACAUGUGGUUGCUCAACCAAAAUCACAAUGGGUUGUAGCCAAUGGUUUUCAUGCAAAUCAUAACUCUCAAAUUUUCAAGCCUGGAGUCAUUCAGAAGUAUGGGAGCCAUUGUAAUCAAAAGGCUGCUCCCAUGCUUAAUGGCAACAAAGUAUGGAGCAGAAAGCCUAAGCAAAAAAUUAUUGGGGUACAUUCAAAAGCCGGACUAGAGAAAGAACCAGAUGAGGGUAAAAACCAUGAAGUUUUAAUAGGGUCUAUAUCUGUUACUUUGGGAAAUUGCAGCCAAUCAGAGGAUAAUCUAGUGGCAUCUGGAGAGGACUGCAUGGUAGGAAAGUCAAACCAUCGUAUUAACACUCAGGAGAAGCCAGUCAAACCUGAUUCUGUACAGAUUGUUAACAAUCGUUUAAUAGUUAAGGCAGUUAAGCUUUGGAGGCCAGUUACUCAGCAUGGAAGUAAAUAUCCAUUACCACUUCACCGUGGUCCAGAACCUGAUGCAAUAGACGGAAAAAUGGAUGAUCAAAAUUCUUUAAGGCUGUGUGACUUAGGUAAUAGCGAUAAUAGUGUUGAGAAUAAUUCCUCUCAUCUAGAGGACCAAGUGGGUACAGGAAACUUGCAGUUUUCUAGUCAAGCUGCCAAAGCCUUUCUUGCAGAAAGAUGGAAAAAAGCUAUCUCGUCAAACCAUGUGAAAUUGGUUCUUUCUCCUGAUUCUAAACUUCCUAGGUGUAUGGAGGCACAAGAUUGUGAACUAGUUGCAUGCCAAUCUUCAGAUAUUGACAAAUGCUCCAUUUUUGCAAGUGCAGAGCCUCGGCUGCCUGCAACCUUGUCUAAAUCCAGAAUCAGAAUGAAGCCUGAAAAGGGUGUCAAGAUAAAGUACAUUCCUAAACAAAGAACAGCUACUUAAAUAGGCAGGAGGAAGGAAGAAAUUGGAUUAGUUUACUAUACAGAUAAAAAUUUGCAGUUUAGUUUCUCGCCAUUAAUUUCCUCGCAGAGGUUCCAAUUUUACUGAUGGUCUUCUGUCAGAAAAUUGAAGGUAAGUUUUGCCGGAAAGUCUUUUUACAUUCCCUCCUUUCCCUUCAGAAAAAGAUGGCAAUAUAGUGACAUAGGAGAUUGUUUCAAGCUCCCUUUCCCUGAGGGUUUACUGUUAUGGCAUAAGAGAUUGAGAAAGCAAGCUCUUUUAUCUCGCAGUGUUAUUACCUUUUUUUUUUUUUUUGGGUGUAAUAAGUCUGUCCAGUUACUAGGGUUCUUUCUUUUUUUAUAUAGGCAUUACCUUUUCGACAUAGUUAUCAAAUUUAAUUUAUUCCUUUGUUUUGGUAAAAUUGUCUAAAUUCAUGUAAUAAUUCUAUUUUUGAGAUAAUGGAGAGGUCCCUAGUUUCUAUUC